AUGACGGCGAUCAAGAAAGGAGACAAUAUGAGACAGCUUGCCGGGAGAAGUGGCCGGACGCUGGUCAACGGCCUUUCCAGCCAGAGCCGUCGAUCUUCCACAGCGUCGCCUUUGUUGUCGCACCUCGAGGAGAAGCUCCUGAACCAACGACUGUUUCUCAGCUACGACUAUCUCUCCCCGCAGCCGUCACAUCUCCUUCGCGUCUCGCUCUCUGACCCGUUGAAUUUACCCGAAUCUAAGCAAUUCGAGAAGAAUGCGAACGCGUUUUCCCUUCCAUCCGUCCUACAGCCGGGGCAUAUGCCGCGAGGGCAUCAUCUAGUCUACUUCCCGCCGCAGCUCCCUUCAUCACAGCUUGUGCCAGAUGGAUGUGACAUGUUGCAUUCUCCAGGGGCACCAUUCAAUCGCCGCAUGUGGGCAGGAGGCUCAGUUCGCUUUCGCGAUCAGAAUGGUGGGCCGCUACUGAACUGCCAACGCGCAGUCUGCCUGGAGGGAGUCAGGGACGUGCGAGUGAUUGGCAGGGAAGGAGAAGAAAAGGUGUUUGUUGGAAUUGAAAGGCGAAUAGCGACGGUUGCAGAAACCGAGAGCGAAGAAAACAUAACGAGGAAGCUAUGGACGGCAAGAGAGGAAGAAUGGGGAGAUGCCGUCGUGAUCGAGAAACGGAACCUGGUAUUCAUGCGGGAUAAAACCCCAGACCAGGUCAGCAUGGAGAAAAGCCGGGGAAAUUCACAGAAGCGCGUUCUUCGAGGUGAGAAAUCCGAAAUAUUGCUAUCAACACAACCGCUGACUGCCCUGUUGACAGCCCCCUCGAGCCCAACACUCCGCCAUACCUUCACUCCAUCUCGCGCCCUUCUCUUCCGCUUCUCCGCUCUUACGUUCAACGCACACUCCAUCCACCUCGAUCGCGAUUAUGCCCGCAACACGGAGGGAUAUGACGAUCUUCUUGUCCAUGGGCCUCUGACACUGACCCUGAUGCUCAUGCUGGUCCAGGACCAUCUCAGAACGUCUAACCGCGUAAUAUCUAGUAUCGAAUAUCGAAACUUGGCUCCACUUCUAGUUGAGCAACCGCUAACUGUGUGCGCAAAGUCAAAAGAGACCGCGCAUGGCGACUUGUGGGAUGUUUGGAUUGAACGGGCCGAUGGUGGGAUGGCAGUCAAGGGGACAAUUGGGACCAAAUCGCUUGAACGGCGUGACGAGUCCACAGCUGCCACCCCAAAGCUGUGA